AUGGUGGGGUCCUCCUCAGGCCUUUUGCCUCUGCUGCUGUUGCUGCUCCCACUGCUGGCAGCCCAGGGUGGGGGUGGCCUGCAGACGGCACUGCUGGCCCUUGAGGUGGGGCUGGUAGGCCUGGGGGCCUCCUACCUUCUGCUUUGUACAGCUCUGCACCUGCCUCCCAGUCUGUUCCUACUCCUGGCCCAGGGUAUUGCACCGGGGGCUGUCCUGGGCCUGAGCUGGUGCUGGGGCCUUAUAGGGGUGCCUCUGGGCCUUGGGGCUGCCUGGCUUCUAGCUUGGCCAGGCCUGGCUCUACCACUGGCAGCUAUGGCAGCUGGGGGCAAGUGGGUGUGGCAGUAGGGUCCCAGGAUGCACAGGGGCAUCUCUCAACUCUGGUUGUGGGCUCCGUUGUGCCUGAUGCCCAUGGCCUUCCAGGCCUUCCAGGGUUGUGAGGCUGUGGGGGACUGGGGCCUGUUUGCACUCUACCCUAAGACCAACAAGGAUGGCUUCCACAGCCAUCUCCCUGUACUUGGGCCCCAGCAGGGUCGUCCUCGCUGUGUCCAAAGCCCACUACCCCUGCUGGCCAAGUUUUGGGCCCUAUGCAAGGCCUGGAACUGGCACCUGGCACAGGCCAGCCAGGGAUUAGCCUCCCACUGCCCCCCCUGGGCUAUCCAUAUACUGGCCAACUGGGGCUUGCUUUGGGGUGAACGGCCCAGCUGUAUCCCCCGACUACUACCACGCAGCCAAUACCAGCAGGGACUCUAG